AUGUCUAGUUAGGUUGAAGAGUAGCAUUAAGAGAACUAAAUUAAUAAAGAACAUGAAAAUAAUGAAAUGAUAUAAUCAUAAAAUCAUGAAAUUCAAAACAACGAAUAGGAUGAUAAAGUGCAUGAAGGAUAAAAUAUUGGUUUUGAAGAUAACCAAAUGAAUUAAGGUAGUGAAAAUAAUUAGGGACAGUAUGAUAAUAGUUAAUAGGAGUAAUAAAACAGCUAAAUGCAUAACGAAGCAAGCUAAUAAGAAAAUGAAGAAAAUUUGAUUUCAAUUCUAAAUUUUAAUCCUGAAAACCAUAGAGAGCCUAUAUUAAACUCUCCUAGAUCAUUAAUGGCAUGUUAAAUAACAGGAAUAAAUCCAAAAAUGCUAAUUAAAAAGACUCCUGAAGAGAUGUAUAAAACGCUAAAAAAUAAAUCAAACUUAAACGAACAAGGACUCAAAAUGUUAUCUGAAAAUUAAGAAAAGAGAAGAUUAGAAAAAGUUCAAGAAGUGAUAAAAGCUAGAGAAAAUAUCAUUAAUGAUAAUCUAACAAGAGAUGAUAAAAAAAUUUUGCAAUAGUCUAUAAUGCUUAAGAAUAAUAGUAUCAUGCAAAGUUAGUAUAAGUCUGAAACUAAUUUUGAUUCUCAGCAAAGAUCAUUUUACCAUCCUACUGAGAAUCAAAGUAUGGUUAGUCAAGUUGUAAAUGCAAAACUUUAAAAAACAAAAUAUCUUUAAAGAAGGGAGAUAGAGAAUAUGAUUGGAAACGAAAUGAGAACUUAUAAAUUGCUUGAGGAGUCUAAUAAAAAAGAUCAGCGUCUGCUUUUAAUAUCUCAACAAAAAGAAGUUAUCAGAUAAAGAAGAAGGAUUGAAUUUGAAGAAAAUUAAUUGGUUAAAAAAUAAAAUCUUGAGAAGUUAAGAUAAUAAGACGCUUAAAUGAGGAUUUAAAAAGAAUAAGAAUAUUAAAAAAAGCAAGAAGCCUCCAAUCAUAACCUUUAGGCUUUAAAAUCAAUGAUUUAAAGGUUUAGGAAAGACGAAUCAGAUAGAAAGGUGGUCAAAUCAUAAAUAGCUCUCUCUACUAUUGCUUAAAAGGAUGAGCAAAAAAGGUACCAGGUCGAGAAAAAGUAUUUAGAGAAGGAAGAAAAAUUUUAGCAGAGAUAGCAGCUAUUCUAAUAAUACAUUUAAAGAGUAGGUUAAAAAAGAGACGAAAAAGGAGAAAGAGCUAUUGAAAAGUAUAAUAAACAAAAUCAAGAUAAUUUCUAAAGACUGGAAAAGAAAAGAAUGCAAUAAGAAUAAAAGUAAAGAAUUUUAGAAGAAAGAUAAAAAAUGAUUGAACAAAUUAGAUAAACUUAGAUAGUCAAUAAAAUAAAUGAAAACCUACACAAGGACUCAAGGAUAAAGAGUGCGAAUAAUUUAAAAGCAAUGACAAUGAGUUCUUCAAAUUAAGAGUUUAUGAGUUAGUUAGAUAGGGAAGAAUAAAGAAAGCACGAAAGAGAUAUAAUAAGAGAGAGGAUCAUCUAAGAAAAGUUAAUGGAAAAGAGAAUAAAAGAGGAAGAAAUUCUUAAUAAGAAAUAAUUAUUAGUUUAAACUGAGUUAACAAAAAGACAUGAAAAGUAUUUGCUAAAAGAAAGAGCAGCAACAGAAAAAGCAAAUAACCUAUAAAAUUAGAAGAAGUGGUUCUUUUAAACAUAGUCUAAUCUAAAACUCAUGAAGCUUUUAAAUGCAUAAGAAAAUAUUUAAAGAAUUUAAAAUUAAUAAGAAAAUAAGAAAGCGAUAAUUAAUGAAAGAUUAUAAUAAUUUGAGGAUAGGAGAAGACAAAGAGAGUAAGAAUAAAAAGAUGCUCUUUAUGAAAAAGAAACUAUUUUAAGAUAAACAGAAGUAGCUAAAUAAACUUUAAAGCGUGAUUUAAAUAAAUUAUUCCAAACAGGAAAGGAAAUAAAUGUUGAAAAGAUAUCUAAAAAAUAUAACAUUCCAUUAGAUUCUGAAGAGUAAAUUAUGUCUAGAUCUAUGGUAGAUUUUGAUAGACCAACUAGAGAGCUUCAAAGCUCCCAUUCCCCUACUAGGAAUUUACAUACUAGCCAGUAAGGAUAAAGACAUAGAUCUAAUAACUUAUCAAAAAACUAAAGUGAGCAUAAUAAUUAACAUGAAGAACAUUAUGAAGUUUGA